UGAUCGUUAAACAGUAGGAAAAAAUAAAUAGAGUAUGCAACUGUUACCCUUUAUUUUCGGUAUAUAAACUGCUCCACAAAAGUUAAGGAAGUUCGCAAAAUUUGCGAUUAUUUUGAAAGUUACAGACUUUUUGAUCGCCAAAUUUUCAAAUACGCGAAAUUAAAUGUUUUCUCUCAUAUCUGAGUGGAUUUUUUGGCCCUACCUCUACAACUCACACUAAAUUUGGCGAUCAAAAAACCUCCAACUUUUAAGUUAAUCUCAAUAUUUGUGAACUUCCUUAACUUUUGUGGAGCUGUAUAGUUAUUCGUUAGAAUUAUUAGUAGUAAAUUAUUACGCCGAAGGACCGGAAUCGUUCCUUAACAGCCGGAUCGGCGUGCGUGCUCGCGUGCUCCACCGGCGGCGGUGGGUGGGCGGCAGGCGGCAGUUUGUGGGUAAGUGGAGCGCGGCCGAGCGACAGGGGGACAUGUUGUGGCACCUCCCGGCGGGUUCUCGCGCUCCCGUCUACGUCGCCGGCUCGGGCGCCGCGUCGCCCGACGCCGAGCGUUUCAUUAGGCCGCGAAUCGACGUCCGCGACGCGUCUUCCGCUCCGCCGCCUCGACCACCGCCUCCUGCGCUUCUGGUUGUUCAAGGAACGUCGACUUCCAGCGAAAUGCAUAGACCAAUCGUUAAGAAACCCAAAAUUCCCAAAGUAGAAGGAAAAAGACCACCUGUUUACAGUCCUAGGUCUAGAGCAGAUUCUGCUAGUGAGAGUGUCAGCAGAAUGGAUAAAGGACGUUUGCGAGGCGAAGGGGGCGGCGGAGGCAGCAGCGACGACGAAUCCUCGACGAGGGAUUUACACCGGCGGCUCCAAGAAGAGGCAUCGCUCUACAAGAAGCGCUUGGACACCUACCGGCAGGCCCAGCAGAACCAAGCAGCGCUCGUCAGCCGGUUGCAAGCAAAGGUUCUGCAGUACAAAAAGCGGUGCUCCGAUCUCGAAGCGCAAAUGGCCCAGAACCAAGUGUACCACGAACCGCCGUCUCAACCGCUGUCUUUGCCAUCGUAUUCGUUCGCGCACGCGCCGAGUUCGGCGGUCGAACAAGCCCAGCAGCAUCUCAGGGAUAUCAGGGAAGAGAGAAUCGCCGACUUGGAGACCGCCUUGCAGAAGCUGCAAGAAGAGCGCAGAAGGUCGGAACGUUUGAUGCAACUGAACACUUCGCUCAGGGAGCAACUGGAAGAGUCCCACAGCACCAACGAAGCUCUAACGGCCGAUUUGCAGAAGCUCACCAACGACUGGGAAAACCUGCGCGAAGAGAUGAUCGUUAAAGAAGACGAGUGGAAAGACGAAGAACAAGCCUUCAACGAUUAUUACAGCACGGAACACAACAGGCUGCUGAACCUAUGGAGAGACAUAGUGUCAGUGAAGCGACUGUUCACAGACAUCCAAUCAAGCACCGAAAGAGACGUGAACAAGAUCAAAUACGACAUAUCGAACAUCACCAAGGAGAUGAUCAUGGCGUGCAGCAAAAUGGACACCAACUUGUUCGCGGAAAACAUAUUUGGAAGCAAGGAGAAGCAACAGCUCGAGCAAGAGGUCGCCGAACUCCGGGCCCAAUUGGACUCUGCGAAACUCCAAACCGACUCACGCCAUCACGAACUACAAACGAAAGAAGAUAAAAUCGCGCAACUGGAGAAGGAUCUCAAUAAUUUCAAAGAAAGGUAUUUAGAGGCGGAGCACGGUUGCGCGCAAAUGGGGAAAAUGCAAGAGGAAAUCGACAUUCUGCAGGGCGCUCUCAGGGACAUAGCUCACGCGCUGAUACAGGACGCCGAGAAUAAAGACAUGGAAAUCCUGCAAUCCACCCAUCUCCACCUCAGCGCUACCACGCCUAUACCUCAAAAGUCGCCGAAAAGAUCAGCUCGCAGCAUGACGUCUCCAGCAGCAUUUGCUGAGAGUACAAUAUCAGCUGUGCAAGCCGCCCUUCAUAAAUAUCAGUCAUUCAUUCACGAACUACAGGUAAAGCUCCAGUCGAAUAAGGAGCAACUUUUGCUAGUUCGCAAGCAAUACGAAAAUUCGGAAAACAGCGCGGCCGCCCUGGAGAAGCGCCUGAAGGAGCAGGCGGCCCAGCUGGACGCCUGCCACGUUCAAUGCUCCCGUCUGACCCAAGACAGGGACAUCAUUCAGAAGAACCUGGAGAGCGUCAAAUCGGAGAAGAACCAGCUCGACAAGAACCGCGUCGAGGUGAACUCGGUGGUGGAGUCCCUGCACCAGGACUACGAGCGAUUGCAAAAGUCGCACGGCAAGCUGCAGAAGGAGGUGGACGGGUUGCAGGACGAGAAGGCGUUCCUGCUGUCGGAGAUCGACAGAUUGAACCAGGAGGCCGAUUUGAGGGAGAUCACGCUGAGAGGCGAGGAGGACCGGUGCAGCAGAAUGAGGGAGGAAUUGCUGAACGUUAGAGAAGAACUGAACAAAUCUUACUUGUCCUACGAUAUGCUCGAAGCUCAAAAAUCCGAGGCAGAUAGUACAAUAGACAAUCUCGAAAAAAUCAAAGCUGAUUUGGAGCUACAACUCGAUAAAGCUCUAGGCGACAGAACCGACGUUCACGAUUCGCUACUGAAAAAAGAAGCGCUGCUUUCGAACCUCGAGCAAGACAAAAAGAAGCUACUAGAAGAUAUAAAACAAAUGGAAGGCGAGAAGAAAGCGCUGCAACACCAGUGCAACGAUCACCAAAGCGACAUCCAGUCGCUGAGGAAGGAGCUACUUCAAGCCGAACAGCAGAAACUUGAUCUGGAAUCUGACAAAGUGUCGAUGUCGGAGAAAUGUAAAUUUUUGGAAAUCGAAAAAGGAAAGAUCGAAAUAGAACUAAACCAAGUAAUGAGAGACAGAAACGACCUCAGCAAUCAGCUAAGCGUACAGGGGAGAAAAAGAGACGCCCUCAACGAAGAGCUCGUCAGGUGCAGGCAGAAACUGGAACAAGCCAACGAAACCAACGCCAGAAUUAACAGAACUCUGGAAGAUUUAGUCAAAGAAUGUGAAGAUAAACAGUGCACCAUCGACGCCAUGGAUAAGGAAAUCCAACGGUUACAAGAACUAUUAGCCACCGUACGCACGGAAAAGGAAACCUUAGAGGCCGUUCUGUUCGACACGCAAACCAAUCUCGAAUCCACCGAAGACAAAAAAUCCCAACUCGAAAAAGACCAGCAAGAAUUGCUGAUAAAACAAGAAAAACUAAAAGCCCAAGUCGCCAAGCUGGCCAAAGAUUUGGAGAAAUCCGAGAAGAAAUUCGCCGAAGUCAAAGCCAGCAUGACCCUGUCGGCCGGCAACAAAGAGGCCGAAUUCAAGCAAUCCUUGGACAAGCUGAAGCAACUCAACGAGGACAACGUCAGGAAGCUGACGGAGGAAAGGGAGCAGAUCAGGGCGUCGUUGGAGAAGCGCAUGCAACAGUCCAUGCAGCAACUAGGCAACGAGAAAGACGCCGAAAUUCACCAGUUACUCGAAAGAAUCGACAAUCUGCAGCACCACAUCGAAAAUUUGUGCCAACAACACGAGGAAUUGAUGCUGAGAGCCGAGAAUGAUAAGCAACAAGCUUUGCUUAUUGCUCACCACGACCACCAGGCGUUGCACGACCGGUUCGAGGCCGCCCGAAGGGAGCUCGAAGACGAGAGAGACGGCUCGGAGAGGCUGAAGCGCGAGGCCAACAGCCGCUACGAGCAGGACAGGGCCAACAUAAACAAGCUGAAAGAGGAGCUCGGCAAGUGCAGGACUAAGUUGGAGGAAGCCAGGGCGCGAGCCGAGGAGGACGUGCGCAAAUUGGAGCAGAAGAUCGAAGAGACCGCGACGGAGCGGGACAGUUGCCAAGGCGAGGUGGAGAAUUUGAAAACGCAAUUGCAACUGGCCGAAAACAAAGCCGAAAGUAUCGGAAAUCAACUGCACGAAACCAUCAGGAAGUUGAAAGAAGCUGAAAAUAAUUCCGAGUCGCUUCGUAAGGAGCUGACAGACACCAGGAGGCUUCUAACAGACGGGAACUUCGAAAAGGAAAAGUACCACAACACGAACAAGGAGCUCAGAGAUCACAUCAAAAAAACCGAAAGCGAGAAACGUGAGCAAGCUAGGCAGCUGGAGGACGCCUACAGGAAUAUAUCAAACCUCGAAGACGUUAAAGUGGGCCUGGAGAAUGAACGAAACCGGCUGCAGAAUCAGAUAAGAACUCUGGAGGCCGAGCAGCUGCAGACCGAGCACAAGGCGCAGAAUCUCCAAGAGGAGUUGCAGCGCAGCCAAGCGGCCGGCGCUCAGCAGCAAAUCGAAGAGAAAGAGCUGCAGGCCAGGCUCCUGAACGAGGUGGAGGAGCGGGAAAGGGCCCACCAGGAGGUGCACCAGUUGAGGAAGCAGAUAUCGGAGUUGGAGAGAAAUUUGGAGCAAACUCGCUUGGAAUUGAACAAAACCAGAUCGCAUUACUCCCACCUGGAGGAGCAAUGGCACGCUAGGGAGCAAGACCUUCUGGUGCACCUGGAAGACAGCAAAUCCAAGGAGAAGAGACUGGAAGACCAGAAACACAAUUUGGAAGUCUGUCUAGUCGACGCUACGCAACAAAUACAAGAACUAAAAGCGAAAUUAGGGGGCACCGAAGGGAGGGUGAGAGCGCUAGAAAACCAACUGGUCCAAUUAGAUUCGACCAAGAGGGAUGUAGAACAGAAAUUGAGCAGCGUGAUCGCCACGCUUCGCAGGAUAGCAGGAAUUCAAUUAGAUGGCACCGUUACGAUGCCUUACAGGCUACUGAGCCCUUCGAGGCGAUGGAGUCCUGCUCGAAAUUACGAAGACGGUAGGGACGGAGCAGUAGACAUCGAUCCGGAAAUAGUGAGAAAAGGAGUGAGGAAUUUAAUGCAGCAAGUAGCUCAAAUCGAAAGGGAAAGGGACGAUUAUAAAUUGCAAGUGAGCACGACGAAGAAGCAGUUAAACGAGGCCCAAGAAGGUUUGAGCAAAGGCGAUAACAAACUGGCGAAAAUAGUGCAAAAUGUCCGGGCUUUGCAAGAGGAAAAAAGCGGCUUGGAGGCGAAGUUAGGCCAGAAGAGCGUUGAACUUCAAGCUCAAGCCCAAGCGCUUGAAAAGAAGCGAGAAGAAAACAAACAAAUGAGGGAAAAAAUCGUCUCGCUCGAACUCAACCUGAGCAACACCAACGAACAAAAAUCACAAUGCGAAGAUAAACUCGACAAAAUGAAAGCGGCCUUGGAUAGACUUGAAGCAGAAAAGAGGAGUCUGCAAGAAGAACUAAACCGAAUCGAAAACCGAUCAACUAAACUGGAACUACAAAGAAUGUCAACAGAAGGGGAUCUUCAGCGAUUACAAAUGAUGCUACAAGAAAAAGACGCAAACGUCCAAAAACUACAAGAGAAAUGCGACCGGCAAAGCCGCUGCAUAGCCAGCCUGGAAGAAAGAUGCGCCUCCUUGAAAUCCACCAUAGACCAAUUGAGCGUAGCGCUCGAGAAGGCCUCGACCAGCGAAUCCGAACUAAAAUCCGAAGUCCAGAGCCUGCAAAAAGCCCUCAUGGACACCACAUCGGCCUCCCACACCGGAGCCGAACGACUCAAACAGCUGCAAAAGCAACUAGCCAACAGCGAAAACGAGCGACGCGUCAUCGUGGAGAGGUUCGAAUCCACCCAGCAGAGCCUGGCCGAGAUGCGGCGAAACAACCAAAUCCUCCAAGACCAAGUCGCCCGGCUGAACAACGAGCUGGCCAACAACGAGGUCCAACGCGCCGGAUUGGAAUCCCAGCUGAGGCUGGCCCAAUGGCCGUCAGACUCGGGCCUGGCGUCCCAUCACGAGGAAGAGCUAAAAGCCCAACUACAUUCCGUGCAAAGAGAGCGGCAGGAGCUUCGAGGAAAAAUCGAAUCCUUGAACAACAAGAUAAGGCAAUUAGAAAACGAAAACCGGAACAUGGAGAGGCAAGCGACGAAAGGCGUGAGGAGCAAAUCCUACGAGCGAGAGCAGCCGGAGAAGUACGAGACCGAAUCAUUCGCCGGCGAGAACCGGGAGUUGCGAAUCAAAAUCUCCCAACUCGAGGCCGAAUUGGCCGAGAAGGAAGCGGAAAUCGCCAGAAUAAAGAGCCAAAGACCCACCCUUGAUUCGAAGUUCGAUAGGGCGGAGAUCGAGAGGUACAGAGCGGCUCAGCUGCAAGCCGAGCGGCUGCUGGAAGCCAGAGAACAGAGCCAUAGACAACAAGUGGCCAGAUUAGAGAACCAGGUGACUUUGCUGCGCGAUCAGCUGAAUCAGGAGAUAAAGCGACGGCAGCAGUACGUGAUGAGGAGCAGCAAGGCGGGCAGGGAGAUGCAGCAGCUGCGGCAGGCGCUGGGCGAUUCGCUGCGGACGGUGUCGCAGGACCCGUCGUUGGACGCCCUCCUGCUGGAGCACGAGGCGAGGAAAUUGGACAACACGUUGUCGAACACUGCCAGUUUGCCGGCGUUAGGUUUGCCGACUUCAUCCUAUCGGAGGUCGACUACUCCACAACCGAAGUAGAGAUGAGGAGCAUGUAGUAUUUAUUUGGGUCGUAAGGUACUUUUUAAUUUAAUUUUCGACGCGUAUUGAUUACUCGUACUCAUUUAAUGCAUUUAAUCUUGUGUAGAUAUUAAUUUAUUAACAUUUUUUUUAGAAAAAUUAGUGACUUUAAUUGUGAUUAAACUGAUAGGAUAUUGAAAUGUUUUAUUUAUCUAUUAGUAUAUAAAGUAGGUAUGCACCAAUGAUUGAUAAUUGUUAUUGAAUUUCCGAAAUUUUUAUAAUCAAUGAACUUCUAUUGUCGAGUGAACACAUUCACUGCCAUUUUAUACGUUUAAUAACGAAAUAAGAAUAGUUUUGUUUAUGUUAACUCAAUUAAUUGAAUACCUGAACGUUAUUUAUUUUUAGAUUUUAAUAUUUAGCGGGUUCCGUCCAUUUUUAUACAAAAUAUGUAAUGUAGAAAAAUGAUGCUUAAUAAAAUAAUUUAACCACCGAUUACUUUGAUUGUUUCCUCAACAAAUCAAAACAUAUUUCAAUUCGAUUGGGAUAAUAAUUGCACCCAGAAAAUACUUAAAAAUUCAGUGUCUUUAUGUACAUUACUUUUCAGGAAAAAUAAAAAAAUUACUGUUCAAUUUCCUCCUCCCAGUUUUGUUGAAAAGUUGUACCAUCCUCACUGUCACUGUCUUCGUCCAUUUCCAAUUUAGGAUCAUCUUUUUUGCUAAACGUUUCGCCCAAAUUCGCCACGUAUUGCAAAGUGUAUUUGUUAAAAUCGCAA